GUGAUAAGUUUACUAUUGGAGUAACCAUCCAAUGACAUGGCAUGUGACAAAUUUUUGGGUGUGAAGGAGGGUUUGGACUUCAGGUAAACCGAGGGAGCAUAUCGCCAUUAAAUUCGUUACUCUUGCUCGGCUACUGAGAGGAUAACAGCGAAGAUGAUCGGAGUAGGGAAGAUUAAGCAGUACACGAAUGUUGUGGAUAAACCCCUUAGUAAAGGCAGACAAGAGGUCAGUUUAAGUGGAUUUGCUUACUUAUUCUCAGAGCUUGUUCAGUACAACCAAACUCAGGUUGACAACAUUGGGGAACUAGAAAGGAGAUUGGAGGAUGCUGGUUAUGCUGUUGGAGUACGAGUUCUGGAAUUACUUUGCCAUAGGGAAAAGGGUAACAGAAGAGAGACACGUUUGUUGGGAAUUUUGUCUUUCGUGCAUAGCACAGUAUGGAAGGUGCUAUUUGGAAAGGUAGCGGACUCUCUUGAGAAAGGUACUGAACAUGAAGAUGAAUAUAUGAUUAGUGAAAAGGAGCUCCUAGUCAAUAGAUUUAUUUCGGUACCCAAAGACAUGGGGUCUUUUAACUGUGGUGCUUUCGUUGCUGGGAUAGUCAGGGGCGUUUUAGACAAUGCAGGUUUCCCGGCUGUUGUGACUGCUCAUUUUGUUCCGGUGGAUGGUCAACAACGCCCCCGAACAACCAUUUUGAUAAAAUUUGCCGAGGAGGUAUUACGAAGGGAAGCAAGGUUAGGAUGAUUAUUGUUGGUAUAAGUAACUUGUCUGCCUUUGUAUUUUGGCCAUGGACUCAUUGCAAUUUUCUAUGUCCUUUGAAGAAUCAAAUUAAUUUUAAUUUUGUAGCAACCACCCAACUCACAACUAUUUUUCUUGUGUAUUUUUCACACAUACAUUUUACCUCAUCUUCUCUUUUGUUAAAUGUAUUUUCUUUAACAAAAUGGAAAAUACUUUUAUUUUAUUUUGUCUAAUAA